AUCACAUGUGAUUGGAUGUGCAAUUAUGCUGAACCACCCGCUCCUGCCCCGUCCAACCGGCUCCAGGCCAAGGUGGCUCCGUCUCCGGCGUCAGGCCCCGAGCACCUCCUCCGACUGGCCGGCAAGUGCUUCAGCUACGUGGAGUCCAUGUACAAGUAUGACUUCUGCCCCUUCCACAACGUCACUCAGCACGAGCAGACCUUCCGGUGGAAUGCCUACAGUGGGAUCCUCGGAAUCUGGCAUGAAUGGGAAAUUGAAAACAACACAUUUGUUGGCAUGUGGAUGAGACACGGAGAUUCAUGUGAAGCCAGGAACAGACAGACAAAGGUUCUUCUUGUGUGUGGAACCAGCAACAGAUUGGCUCACGUAUCUGAACCCAGCACUUGUGUUUAUUCUCUCACAUUUGAAACGCCACUGGUUUGUCAUCCACACUCUCUCUUAGUGUACCCUUCCUUGCCUGAAGUGCUUCGGAGAAAGUGGGAUGAAGCAGAGCAGUUGCUGUACGAGGAGCUCAUCACCCAGCAGGGAUACAAGAAAAGGCUACGAGAGAUAUUUGAAGAAGCCAGAUUUUUAAAAUCAACAAGACGGAGUGGGAGUGAGAGAGAACAUCAAACACGGCAACAUCUGGAAUUUGACUCCAUAGAAAAGUGCAACAAGGAGUACCAACAACUUUCUAAAGAUGUACAGAAACUUAUAGAAUUAUUAACUCAGCAUGGAGUUGUAUAUGAAGCAGUCUUGAGUGGAAACCAUCAUAAGCAUGUCGCUCAGGCACUAGUGACGGAAAAGCCACCUCUUACCACCAGUUCACAGGUUGAUCGGCACCUGCACGGAGACACAGGCAUUGGGAGGGACGCCCUGUGAGGAAAUUCUACCUGGAAAUGCUCAGCACAGAAUCUCUCAUGGCAAUGGAUUUCAUCCCCAUUAUGUGGUUCUCUGAACCCUUCCUUGAGGAGAGAACUGGUUACAUCGGAGACGAUGUUCUUUGCAGGCCAGCAUCUGAUGUACUUUCAAAUCUGCUUCUGGUUCGAGGCUUGUCCUGCACUGGGGUGAAGUGAGGUGGGGCCCUCGGCUCGUCUUCUGCCUGGAGAAGCACAGCCGGCCUGCUGGGGGCCUGGGCUUGUGCUUUGCAAGGGUCUGCUCUGGUGCCUCAGGCCAGAGGAACUGCCAACUGCUUCCAGGCCUGGUGACUAGUGUGCGCUCCAGCUCCCUUCAGUGGAGACUCUGACCUCAUGCUGCUGCCCCCCACCCCACCCCCGCAAAGAGCUGCCUGCGCUUGGUGGGAGGUUUUGCCCAGCAAAAGGUGUCUUUGAUGCAACAAGACCUUGUCUGGGGAUUUUUAAAUAAAGAUGCAGAGCUGAAAGCA